AAAACUUAUUUUAGUUAUUUUUUUCAGAGUUAUUUUUGUGACAAAAAUUUAAAAAAGAGUAUCUUAAUUUUUUUUUCAAGUUUAUAGUGAUCGUUGUAGCGGUAAAAACUCUAUGUAUCAUUAUUAACUGAACCUAUAACUGUUUUUUUUUACCAAAUCAACUUUAGUGGUAUGUGUUUUUGCCUAAUUCAUAUUAUGGAUAUAUAUAAUUUAUAGUAAAAAUAAAUUUUCUUUUAAAAAUAAAAGCCAGAAAUUCUUCAUUUUGUUACUCAACCUAACAAUCCCAUAACGUUUCCUUUACUACAGAGAUACGUAUUUUACCGUAAAGCUUCUUGUGUAUAUACAAACAGACACAAUGGGUCACGGACCCAACAAUGACAAAGGCAUAUUAUAAACACUAAAUAUCUCAAUCGUCUCUCUCUGAAACACUCACAAACUGAGAAAAAUGGAUUCUGUUCUAAACAGAAGAGUAUCUUUCUCUCUUCUAAUCGUGAUCAUUGUGAUGUUCUCUUCGUAUAAAGCUGAUUCCAAAUGUGAAUUCAAGGCAAUUUUCAAUUUCGGAGACUCAAAUUCUGACACUGGAGGAUUUUGGGCUGCUUUUCCGGCUCAAUCCGGCCCAUGGGGGAUGACUUAUUUCAAGAAACCGGUCGGCCGUGCUUCAGACGGUCGUCUCAUCGUUGAUUUUUUAGCGGAAUCUCUUGGAGUGCCUUUCCUUAGCCCAUACUUGCAAUCAAUUGGAUCCGAUUUUCGACACGGUGCAAACUUUGCGACCUUAGCAUCUACCGUUCUUUUGCCAAACACGUCUUUGUUCGUCUCCGGAAUCAGUCCUUUCUCACUCGCCAUUCAACUAAAUCAGAUGAAACAAUUCAAGGUUAGAGUAGACGAGUUCCAUUCCUCAAACCGACAAGGGUUGCAUAUUUUACCGCCCAGCAAUAUUUUCGGAAAAUCGCUGUAUACGUUUUAUAUCGGCCAAAACGAUUUCACAUCGAAUUUAGCUUCCAUUGGAGUGGAUGGUGUAAAACAGUAUCUUCCUCAAGUCAUUGGCCAAAUUGCUGGAACGAUUAAGGAGAUAUAUGGAAUAGGGGGUCGGACAUUUUUGGUAUUGAAUUUAGCACCGGUUGGAUGUUACCCGGCGAUUAUAACCGGUUACCCUCAUACUAUUUCGGAUUUGGACAAGUUCGGAUGUCUCAUUCCCGUAAACAACGCCGUCAAAUAUUACAACAUGUUAUUGGACAAGGCAUUAUCCGAGACAAAAACCGUACUGAAAAACGCUACCGUUAUAUACUUGGACACUCACAAGAUACUGCUCGACCUCUUUCAACACCCCAAAUCCUAUGGUAUGAAAUACGGUAUUAAAGCUUGUUGUGGAUACGGUGGACGUCCGUACAACUUCAAUCAGAAGUUAUUUUGCGGCACCACAAAAGUAAUCGGAAAUUCUUCUGCGACGGCCAAGGCUUGCCGUGAUCCGAAAGACUACGUGAGUUGGGACGGAAUUCACGCUACGGAGGCUGCAAACCGCCGCAUUUCGACGGCCAUUCUCGAUGGCUCGAUAUCAUAUCCUCCGUUUGCGCUCAACCACCUAUGUUCGUCUGUUUAACAGUCUUAUUCUUUUGACUUAUACAAUUUUCACAUGUACGUACUUUUGGGUUUAAAGCUAGUUUAUAUAAUAAGGCAUAAGCACUAUUUCAAAUCAAUAGUAGUGCAAUCUCCUAACAUUCAUGUUGUUGUACAUACUGGAAGCAUAUUAGUUGAGAAAUGGGUAAGAUGUGAAUUUUAAGACAAUUCACCAACUAAGCAUUUAAAACAAGAGUCCAUAAUAUUAUGCUUAACUAAUUAUAAUACAUAAAAAACUUUUUGUCCAAGGGUCCAAUAUAGUUUCAAGCCGGCAUUGAGUACUUGUUGUAUUAUAUAUAUGCUAACUAGUGAAUAAAAAUAUUUAAGUACAAAACACUUCAUUUUCGUCUGACUAAUACAUCUGUCAGUUGCUAUUCAAAUACGAGUUCCACUAUUGAUAGAUAACUUUGUAUUUUUAGUAUAUUCAGUAUUGCAUAAAGAGAGAUAAAUUUAACAGAAAUAAUUUAUUGCCUUGAUUAAUCCAACAUCUAUCUUGAUCCAUUUUGAGUUUAGAGCUAGUCUUCAGUGAAGGUCAAUAUAUGUGUUUUGAUAUAGAUACAAUUUUUCGGUUUAUGUGGAUACAAAAAUACAUAUGGUAAAAACCGAUACAUGUAUAUUUAUGUUCGAUAGAAAAAAUUUUUUAAUUCAUUCUUUGAUGAACAUAUAGCAUAAUAGUUUCAUAUGUGUAUUGUAUAUGUACACUCGUAACUAUUACAUUUCCCAAUCUAUCAACCAAUAUGACAAAAAAAAAAUAAUAGAAAAAACAAUCAAAUCACGCCGAAUCGCCAAGCUGGACGCAGAUGAAUCAGAUGAAGCGGACGAGCUGGAAGCAGAGGAAGAGGAGGAAGAAGAUUUGGAUUCAUGGGAUUAAUAACAAGAUUUCUUAUAAAAGCAAGGAAGACUGUGCCAAAGAAGAGAGAGUAGGAGCGGCUUUGUUUUGGCUAUAGGAUAGAGGAUUGCAAAGGAAGAUGGUCGGUUCAUCUAAAAAGAAAAAUAUGAUCAAAGCUAGACUCUGGAAGAAACUUUUACACAAGUCUGAUGGGGGGGGGGUGCGGGAGGUGGUUCUUUCGGAGGGUGUGGCUGCAGCGGCGGCGGCGCUCGUGCCUGAAUGUACCGAAUGAACAUCUCCAAUUCCAUGGUUAGUGCAAACAGAACUCCUAAGAAGAUGGAGACUCGUAAGAUCUCUUUGUAGUAGAGACUCACAAACAUCGAUCCGCAGCUUGAAUCAAAGUACUAGUUAGGUGAGUAAUUUUGAAUGUAAAUGAGAGUUACUAUAGUUUGAUUUCACUAUCACUAAUUAGAUCUCGCAUAAAAAUAAGAAUUUUAAUGCAUAUUGUCAAGUAAACUGAUGGAGAGUAAUUAUCGAGGCUCUGGUAGAUAAACGCAAUCCUAUUAGCAUAUAGCAUUGUUUUAACCAUUUGAGGACUGUAGAUAAAGAUCAUACAAUUUAUUUGCUCAUUCAUUUUUAUUAAAUAAAAACAAUGAUAUUAAGAAUUUUUUUGUAUAAAUUAAUCAAAAUAGCAAGUUUAUAUAUAUAAAAAUUAUAGAAAAAAAUACCACUACAAUCAAAGUAUAAGUCUUACUUACUAUUUAAGUUGCAUAGAGUGUAGAAAAUCUCAAAAUAGAGAACACACAAAUAAUAUAUUUAUAUAUAUGAAAACACUACAAAGUAACAUGCAAGAAUUGAAACAUCACUUUCUAGAUUGACACAAUAGCACUUAAUCUUUGAGUAUAACAAUUACAAAAUAAACCUUACCAAAUAAGGAUAAAUUAAAAAUUUAAACUACAACUAUUACGAGAUAAACAAGAAAACGUCAAAAUAGAUCAAAAAUACGAUUAUAUGGUCCAUUUUUAAAAUGGGCCUAGAAGAGGCCUUAAACCCCGCAGAAUGCAAGUAUUCUAUAAUCACCACUGAGUAGGAUUUCUGAAGAUGAGAGAAGCGACCAAUAAGAGCAGGAGAAAUGUACACGUGUCGCUACGCGGAAUCUUGUCUGGUCAAAAGCGCAGCAGAACAAACAAACAAAAAAUAGAGUGUGGAGAAAUUAGAGAAGAAGAAAUUAUCGGUGUGCUUCGAUGGCGAUGACAGUAGCAGCUUCGAUGGCGAUGGCAGUGAUGGUUCCACGUGUCCCCUCCGUCUCGGCCCGCUGCUCCGCCGUUCCUUACCUUCCUCCUCGCUCUUUUGGCCGAUCCUCUUUCACUGUUCCGGCGAAGCUACUUUCAGGGAAUGGUUUACACAAGGUCGAAUUGAUGAAGACGAGAGCUUCUUCAUCAGACGAGACCUCAACGGCCAUUGACACCAAUGAACUCUUCACAGACUUGAA